AUGGUCAUACCAAUGAUUGAAGACAUUAAGAAAAGCCUUACCAUUGAUGGUUCGGAAUUGACUGUCGUGGGUAACUUACACACUACUGUCUUUUUUGGUCGUACUAAAAAAGAAGACAUCGAUGAGUUUCCCGUCAUGACUAUUGAGGAACUGCUUCAAGCAACUGAGGAGGAUGUCAUUAAGCUGAAAGAUGUUAAGGCAAAACCUAUACCAAGAUUUUGGUGUGAGGUCUGUAAAGAUUACGCUAAAGGCGUCUCUCCAAAGUUUUGGAUUCACCUUAAUGUCAUUGACCAUACUGGUGAGACUAGAAUUAUGAUGUUUGACAGUUUUGCUGAGGAUAUCGUUGGGACGGCUGCUACUGAAAUCAUACCUAAAGGAUCAUUUGAUCUGUUUGAAGAUCCCACAGAUUUGCCAGAUCUGAUCAAAGCUUUAGUUGGGAAAUCUUUUGUUUUCCUCCUUUGCAUCGAGCCCAAACAUAUUCAUGGAAAAUGUGACAUUUAUAGGGUUGCACAAGUUGCUGAGGGGAAAACAAGAUCUGUCCCUGAAAUAUCCUUAUCAGAUACAUAUUUUGAUCAAUCAUCAAUUUACUCGGCUGACCAGGGUUCUCUCAUGAUAAGCGAUGGUGUAGAGACGUCUGAAGUAGGUAUCUCAACUUCCUCAACUCCAUCAUCAAAAAAAGAUUCGACUAGCAUGAAAGAAGGAGAUGUCCAGUCAUCAACAUCCAAAAGGCAAUGUUCGAAGAUGGGUGUACUAGAUGAUGUCAAGGUUGCUACAAAGGAUGAUAAGGAAAAACAUAAACUUGACUAA